UCCUGUCCAUCUCCUAGAUUGACUGCUUCACUCACCUCGGACCUUGCCAACCCAAGAUGCUCACUCCAGAGAAGGGGAGGAUGCUGACCCUGGGGCUCUGCUGUCCCAUCGGGAGGGUAUCGGCAGGGGCAGGGCUUGGCCUCGGCCCCGGGCUGGGGGUUGGCCCAACACCUUCUCUGCACCAGGAUCAUGACUCCAGGCCAACCCUGUUUACCAGACCAGCGAAGGACCUAUUUAUAGCCUCAGCUGCUCUUCUUGCCGGGUCACGAGUGAGGUUGCAGGGUGCCUCCUCAGAGCAAGGGUGGUAGUCGGGCUGAGGGCACCCUCUGCCCAGCUGCCACUGCCCAGACCCCCGGUGCCCCUCCCCAUGGCAGAGGAGACCUUCCCCUUCACCUCCUCCACACUGCGCGCUCUCCGCCUGCAGCGGGAGUGGCUGGAGUGGGAGGACCGGAGGCGGGCGGCGGCCCAGCAGUGCCGAAGCCAAAGGUGCCCCCCCAGUGCCCGGGCCCGGCUCGCCAGGCCACGCCGCUGCUGCCGAGACCCAGCCGUGCACAAUGCUCUGUUCUCUGGUGACCUGCAACAGGUCCAAGCCCUGUUCCAAGAUGAAGAUGCUGCCAACAUGAUUGUGGAGACUGUGAGCAACCAGCUGGCCUGGUCAGCUGAACAGGGGUUCUGGGUAUUGACCCCCAAGACGAAGCAGACAGCACCCCUCACCAUUGCUGCGGCCCGAGGCUACACUGACUGUGCCCGCCACCUGAUCCGGCAGGGAGCUGAGCUGGACGCCCGAGUUGGAGGCCGGGCAGCCUUGCAUGAGGCCUGCGCCCGGGCCCAGUCUGACUGUGUGAGGCUGCUGCUGACCUUUGGUGCCAAAGCCAACGUGUUGUCCGAGGAGGGCACAACUCCCUUGCACCUCUGCACUGUCCCCGAGUCCUUGCAGUGUGCCAAGCUGCUGCUGGAGGCCGGAGCGACCGUGAACGUGGCGGCACAGGACAGCGAGGUGACACCCCUGCACGUGGCGGCCGCUCGCGGCCUGGACGAGCACGUGGCCCUCUACCUGGAGCGCGGAGCCGACGUGCACCUGCGCACCAGCCAGGGCGAGACGGCGCUGAACGCGGCGUGCGCGGGGGCCGAGGGCCCGGGCGGCGGCCGGCAGCACCAGGCGGCCGCGCGCAGGCUCCUCGAGGCGGGGGCCGAUGCCCGCGCUGCUGGGCGCAAGCGCCACACGCCGCUGCACAACGCCUGUGCCAACGGCUGCGGGGCCCUGGCCGAGCUGCUGCUGCGCCACGGGGCCUGCGCGGGGGUGCCCAACGCGGCGGGCCACACGCCCAUGGACUGCGCGCUGCAGGCGGUCCAGGACGCCCCCAACUGGGAGCCCGAGGUCCUCUUUGCUGCGCUGCUGGACUACGGGGCCCAGCCGGUGCGCCCUGAGAUGCUGAAACACUGUGCCAACUUUCCCCGGGCCCUGGAAGUCCUGCUAAAUGCCUACCCUUGCGUCCCGACCUGUGAUACUUGGGUGGAGGCAGUACUCCCAGAGCUGUGGCAGGAGCAUGAAGCCUUCUACGUCUCGGCUCUGAGCAUGGUGAACCAGCCGAGGAGGCUGCAGCACCUGGCCCGGCUGGCUGUGCGUGCUCAGUUGGGUAGCCACUGCCGACAGGCCACUGCCCGCCUCCCACUGCCCCCGGUCCUUAGGGACUACCUGCUGCUGCGUGUUGAGGGGCGGAUCCAGUGAGCUCCAUGCCAGGGUGCUCCUGGAGCUGGCUCUGCCCCCUCUGUCACCUCCCUACAACCCUGGAGGACCAAUCCCUGGCUCUCUUGUUCCCCACUCAGCAUGCCCUCCCCGGCCAGCUCAUCCCUCCAUUGGCUUCUUGAGUUACUUGCUGACCUCCAGCCCAACCUGAGCUUCAGCUGUCCAAUGGGAAGGUGUGCAGACUCCACCUUCACCCAUGUCCAUCUCCUCUGCUUAAGUGAUGGCUCCACUAUCCAAGCAAGGUGGGAGUGAUCCUUGUUGCCCCCCCUCACCUGCCACCUAUGUGCCUGUUUGGCCUUCUAAAGAGUGAUAGAUUCUGUCUCUAGUUGCACUGGCUCUGGCCAAACUGCCUUUGUCGCUUGAAGGGAAGACCUCACUGAUUGGUCUUGAAGCCCAUGUCCUGCAAGAAUGCUAGAACUCCCUUUGGGAAUCUCAACUCUGUUCAUGCCCUUCAGUGGCUCCUCACCAUCUUUUUUUUUUUUAAAGAUUUUAUUUAUUUAUUUAUGAGAGACACAGAAAGAGGCAGGCAGAGACAUAGGCAGAGGGAGAAGCAGGCUCCAUGCAGGGAGCCUGAUGUGGGACUUGAUCC